AAAAGGUGGGGCCUAAAGUCUUGAAAAAGAGGGACCCAAAAUCACUUUCAGACCAUCCAAAAAUUGUGUGUGUUUAAAAGCAGCUGCUGCAAAUCCAAGCAUAGCACACAUCCACAACCAAUUUUUUUCCCCCAACUCCCCAAAAUUCAAGCAACAUUUUCAUAUCACACUGACCAAAGUGACAAACAAACAAUAAUCCUACUCCUUGCACUAGUGUUUUAGUGGGUGAAAUGAAAAUAGGUCUAAAACAAGGGAGGAAAAACAGCUGGGUUUUUGGUCUCCUUUCUUGACUCACUUGUUUGUGUUUUUGUGUUUUAUCUUUUCUCUCUUUAGCCUCCAAAAUAAAAGCAAAGAGUAUAGAAUAAAGUGCAAGGUGGGAAAAGGGCUGGCUGGCUACUAGGCAAAAGCCUAAAGGGGUAGUGCUUUGCUUCAGGGAUUGUAAAGUUGCUAACUUGAGCCAAACAAAAAAAAAAAAAAUACCACCAGGGUUGUCAAGGGUUUAAGCCAUUCUUAGCCCAAUUUAGGAGGAGGGGUUUAAUGCUUUGAUGAAAUGAUGGGUUUUUCUUGUUCCAAGAUUGUAAUGUGUAAAGCUUUGGCUUUUCUUGUUUUGGUGUUUUUGGGUUCCUAUGCUUGGCCUGCAACAGCUGGCUCUGUUUCAUAUGACAAUAGAGCUAUUGUUGUUAAUGGCCAGAGAAGGAUCCUUAUUUCUGGAUCCAUUCACUAUCCCAGAAGCACUCCUGAGAUGUGGCCAGAUCUCAUUCAAAAGGCUAAAGAAGGAGGCUUGGAUGUCAUCCAAACUUAUGUUUUCUGGAAUGGCCAUGAACCUGAGCCUGGCAAAUACUAUUUUGAGGGAAGAUAUGAUCUGGUUAAGUUUAUUAAGCUGGUGAGAGAAGCAGGGCUGUAUGUUCAUCUUAGGAUUGGUCCAUAUGCUUGUGCUGAGUGGAAUUUUGGUGGCUUUCCAGUUUGGUUAAAAUAUGUUCCAGGCAUUGCUUUUAGGACGGAUAAUGGUCCUUUCAAGGCGGCAAUGCAAAAAUUCACCACCAAGAUUGUCAAUAUGAUGAAAGCAGAAAGGCUAUAUGCAACUCAGGGAGGUCCAAUAAUCCUAUCUCAGAUUGAGAAUGAAUAUGGUCCUGUAGAGUAUGAAUUGGGUGCACCUGCUAAAGCUUAUACAAAAUGGGCAGCCAAAAUGGCUGUUGAUCUAGGUACAGGUGUUCCAUGGGUCAUGUGCAAACAAGAUGAUGCCCCUGAUCCUCUUAUCAAUACGUGCAAUGGCUUCUACUGUGACUAUUUUUCUCCUAAUAAGGCAUGGAAACCAAAGAUGUGGACAGAAGCCUGGACUGGAUGGUUUACUGAAUUCGGAGGGGCCGUGCCCUACCGCCCAGCUGAGGACUUGGCAUUUUCUGUUGCUAAGUUUAUUCAGACCGGGGGAUCUUUUAUUAAUUAUUACAUGUUCCAUGGAGGAACUAACUUUGGCAGGACGGCUGGUGGGCCAUUUAUCGCGACUAGCUAUGAUUAUGAUGCUCCUCUUGACGAAUAUGGCCUAAUACAACAACCAAAGUGGGGCCAUCUCAAGGAUUUGCACAGGGCAAUUAAGCUGUGUGAGCCAGCUCUAGUAUCCGGAAAUCCCACUGUUACUCCACUUGGGAAUUAUCAAGAGGCCCAUGUUUUUAAAUCAAAAUCUGGAGCCUGUGCGGCAUUCUUGGCCAAUUACAAUUCUGAAUCAUUUGCAAAGGUUUCUUUCGGCAGCCAGCACUACAACCUGCCUCCUUGGUCUAUAAGCAUUCUUCCUGACUGCAAGAACACUGUGUAUAAUACUGCAAGAGUUGGUGCUCAGAGUGCACAGAUGAAGAUGACUCCUGUUCGUAGGAGCUUUUCCUGGCUGUCGUAUAAUGAAGAGCUUACAGCUUAUGAUGAUGAUUGGUUUACAGCUACGGGAUUGUUGGAGCAGAUAAAUACCACCAGAGAUUAUUCAGAUUAUUUGUGGUACAAUACCGAUGUGAGAAUUGAUGGAAGCGAAGGAUAUCUGAAAAGUGGAAAUUGGCCUGUUCUUUCGGUCAUGUCAGCUGGUCAUGCUUUGCAUGUCUUCAUUAACGGUCAGCUAUCAGGAACUGUCUAUGGUAGUUUAGAAAACCCCAAAUUGACUUUCAGUCAAGGUGUAAAUCUGAAAGCUGGAGUUAACAAGAUUUCACUUCUUAGCAUUGCUGUCGGUCUCCCGAAUGUUGGACCACAUUUUGAAACAUGGAAUGCGGGUAUUCUUGGGCCUGUUACGCUGUACGGUCUUAAUGAGGGGAGACGAGACUUAACAUGGCAGAAGUGGUAUUACAAGGUUGGUCUGAAAGGAGAAUCAUUGAGUCUUCAUUCUCUAAGUGGCAGUUCUUCUGUGGAGUGGGUUGAAGGUUCUUUUGUUGCUCAGAAGCAGCCACUCACCUGGUACAAGACUACAUUCAAUGCUCCAUCUGGCAAUGAGCCUUUGGCUUUAGAUAUGAGUACCAUGAGCAAAGGUCAAGUAUGGAUAAAUGGUCAGAGUAUCGGAAGGUAUUAUCCAGCAUACAAAGCAUCUGGUGAUUGUGGCACUUGCAGCUAUACUGGCAAAUUUCAUGAAAAGAAAUGCCUCAAGAAUUGUGGGGAGGCCUCACAACAGUGGUAUCAUGUCCCUCGCUCCUGGCUAUACCCAACCGGAAACUUGUUAGUUGUUUUUGAAGAAUGGGGCGGCGAUCCGUAUGGCAUAUCUUUGGUAAAGCGAGAAGUAUCAAGCGUGUGUGCAGAUAUAUACGAGUGGCAACCAACGUUGGUAAAUUGGCAGUUGCAAUCAUCUGGUAAAGUCAGCAAACCUCUGAGGCCAAAAGCUCAUCUCUUUUGCGCUCCUGGUCAGAAGAUAUCAUCGAUCAAAUUCGCUAGUUUUGGAACUCCAGUAGGGGUUUGUGGAAACUACCAACAAGGAAGUUGUCAUGCCUAUCACUCUUAUGAUGCGUUUGAAACGGUAUUUGAACUUUAAUCUGCUUAAUAAAGUUGCCAGGAUUUACAUUUUCACAACUUUUUUUUUUCGAAGUGCAUGCAACACGAUUUUUUUCGAAGUGCAUGCAACACGAUUUUUCUUUACUAGCUGGAAAAAGGACUGAUGUUUUCUUGUUUUGGGAAAAUUGUAGUACUGCAUUGGGAAGGAAUCAUGCUCAGUUACCGUAGCUCCUGAGCUUUUUGGCGGCGACCCAUGUCCAAAUGUGAUGAAGAAACUUGCUGUUGAGGCCAUUUGCAGUUAAUGAUCUCGAUUAACUAUGGCUAAGCCCUCACGCCAAGUGCAUUUUUUUUUACUCAAGUAUGAUUUCUCAGAUCAUUUCCUUUCCUGAAUUACACAUCCAAACCACACCACGAUUCAACAAUUCUUGAAGAUUUGUUUUGGGCUUUGCUGGGAUGAAGUUGUACAAAGACGCAACACAUCAUCGGUCCAAGGCCCCCCCCCAAUGAUAUAGUCGUCUAUUAUGAAGAAGAACAUUCAGAGGAAGAUAAUAUUCUGUACAUAAACUAGUAACCAUUUUGCUCCCCUGAUUCUGGCCUGCAGCAACUGUACAAGAGUCGAGAAUUGGGAAGAUGACUUUAAAGAAGCACAUGGAGACGAUUUAGGUUUAGUCCAUGUGCAAAUUAUAUGUUAGAUAUAUUAUUUUUGCCAACAUUUAUUGUACUACUCCAUUGAAAUUGAAAGCAAUAAUCUCAUUUGCUUUGCAACCAUGAUAGUGAUAGUUAAAACAUCAGUUUUGUUGAUCAUAAUAUUUUCCACUGAUUUUUUACUCCAAAAAAGAAGACUUUAAUUUUUUGGAAUGGAGUAAAAAAGGGUCCAGGUCCUCCAGGAUGACGGAUUUGAUAUUUUGAUGAUAAACCAUUAUCCAAAAUAUACUACAAGAUCGAUCCUUCAGUGGAGGAGUUAGGGAUUUUUUUUUUAAUUUUUAUUAUUAUUAUUUUUUCCAUAGGGCCUUGAAGCUCUGACUUUCAAGAGCAUUGAAAGGUGGUGGGAAUGUGAAAAUGUGACAUUUGUUUAAGCAAAGAUUAUGAAUUAGGGAAAGGAAUCUUGACUUUGUGAAAUUGUGAUUGGUG